AUGCCAUUCUCUGUCUCACGGGGCGUCCUCCUGCUGGCAGGCCUGUGCUACCUGGUCCCCAGCUCCCUGGCUGAGGAUCCCCAGGAAGAUGCUGCCCAGAAGACAAAUACAUCCCACCAUGAUCAAGGGGACUGGGAGGACCCUGCUUGCCAGAAGAUCUCCUAUAAUAUCAUCGACCUCGCCUUUGAUUUGUACAAAGAGCUGGCUGAUCUAUCACAAACCAGCAAUAUCUUAGUCGCCCCAACGAGCGUGGCUAUGGCCUUUGUAAUGCUCUCCCUGGGGACUAAGGCUGACACUCGCACGGAGAUCCUGGAAGGCCUGAAUUUCAAUCUCACGGAGACGCCUGAGGCCAAGAUCCAUGAAUGCUUCCAGCAAGUUCUCCAAGCCAGGCCAGACACCCGGCUCCAGCUGACCACCGGCAGUAGCCUGUUUGUCAACAAGAGUGUGAAGCUAGUGGACACGUUUUUGGAGGAUAUCAAGAAAAUGUACCACUCAGAAGCCUCCUCCAUCAACUUCAGGGACACCGAGGAGGCCAAGGAGCAGAUGAACAACUAUGUGGAGAAGAGAACUGGAAGAAAAAUAGUGGAUUUGGUCAAACAUCUGAAAAAAAACACAAGUCUUGCCCUGGUGGAUUACAUUUCCUUUCACGGCAAAUGGAAAGAUACAUUCAAGGCUGAGCGCAUUACGAUAGAGGGCUUCCAUGUGGAUGAUAAGACCAUCAUCAAAGUGCCUAUGAUAAACCACCUGGGCAGAUUUGAGAUCCACCGGGACAAGGAGUUAUCCAGCUGGGUGCUGGCACAGCACUAUGUGGGGAACGCCACUGCCUUCUUCAUCCUGCCCGACCCAAAGAAGAUGUGGCACUUGGAAGAGAAACUGACCUACAGCCACCUUGAAAAUAUCCAGAGAGCCUUUGACAUAAGGUCUGUCAGUCUACAUUUUCCCAAACUGUCCGUUUCUGGAACCUACGAACUCAAGAAUGUCCUCAGGAAUCUGGGCAUCAUCAAGAUCUUCAGCAACGAGGCCGACCUCUCUGGAGUCAGUCAGGAGGCACCCCUGAAACUCUCCAAGGCUGUGCAUGUGGCUGUGCUGACGGUUGAUGAGAAAGGGACCGAAGCCACCAGAGCCCUCCAUUUGGAAGAGAAGGCCUGGUCUAAGUAUCAGACAAUCAUGUUCAACCGGCCCUUCCUGGUCAUCAUCAAGGAUGACGUCACCAACUUUCUGCUCUUCAUUGGAAAAGUGGUGAAUCCCACCCAAAAAUAA